AUGUACCGACCUGACCAACGCCGGUCAUGCUGCCCUCAUUAUACUAUCCGUCUCGAUUCUACCCGGUUCAAACCGUCUAGAGAUCAGCGGCAGACUAUCAACAGAUUCAACAAAUUUGUCUUGGGAGGUUUGUAUACAAAGGAGGCUUCCCGACUGUACCCCAGGUCACGUGACGAGGCCAAGAAGCGCGACAACCACUUCGACCUUGUUGAGAGAAUCCAUGAAGCUGAGGAUGCUAACGUACAAAAGCCCCCUGAGGCUGCGCAUAAACUGGUUGUGACCUUGGAACACGAUGACUUUACAGAAGAGAAGUUUGCCAUUUACGAAAACUAUCAGCGGGUGGUACACAAGGAUUCUCCGAGUGAAAUAAGCAAGAGUGGAUUUAAGCGCUUUCUCUGCAGCUCGCCCUUGAGGAGAGAGACGAUGGUAGUACCAGAUGGGCGUGAACGUCGCCUAGGUUCUUACCACCAGUGCUAUAGAUUGGAUGGUAAACUCGGUGCGUUGUACGAGAUUGCCUUGGCUAUCGAAGAGGGCUACGGUUGGUGGUAUCCUGGCUUCUAUAUACACAGCUGCUCCAAGAUGCGGUACAAGAUCGACUACUCGCCACAGUUCGUUCUUGAUCCCGAGUCAUUGACUUGGGAUCCAUUGGAUCGAGGCAUGCUGGAUCUUCUCGACAAGAAGCCGUUUGUGAGCCUCUCGCUAGAGAAGAAACAUGCUAUUAAAAGUGAUGGUGAGAAGCCUUCAGUGCUCAACGAGGAGGUAAAGACGAGUGACAGCACCGAGACCAAAGGACCCGACUCUCCGGGUCCUGGCGAGGAAGAGGAUAGCGACUGGCUGUUUACCUCUGGGAUGCCUGGCAUUCCUCCGAUCGCUUCAGCGGCGACUUGGGACAUGGAUCACAUUGCCUUGAAGAUCGCUCCUGGAGGUCCGUUAUAUGAAACCUCUGACCUUGUCAGCUGGGACGAACGUGGUGUUAAGGAGCACCCGGGACUGAAGGCUGCAGUGGCUGAGCUUGUUGCUGCAACUGGACCAGACUUGAUGGACCGAAUCUGUGUAGACUUUGCUCCACGACGGUAA